AUGGCGCAGGCUAUCUUCCUGGACAAUGGCUCUCGCGAUCUAGCCAAACUCAACAUUGCGCAACCCGAUCCCUCCAAGCAUCACAACAUGUCUACCGCUGACGGCGAGCCUCCCAUCGAGAUCAAGGACAAUAUCUUCUCAAACCUUCUGCUCGGUGCGAAAAUCAAGUACUCGACCAACGGAUCAUGGCCUGGCUACAAGUACAAGUUCGACACGACCAUCAUGCGCGUCAGCAAACAGAUGAAACAGGACGCGACUUCUUACUUGCGCAGCCAGAAAGAAUUCGCCCUCCACUCAAAAUUCUUUGCCUUUGAAAUUGACAAGAAACGCUUCCUGCCCGCUGUCGCCACUGGAAAGGCUGCCAGAACUUUCGCAAACCCUGCCAUUGAAGCUACCAUCACUCAUCUUCAUCCGACUCUGUGCGCGUGUUGUAACCCUCAAAAGCAUUCGGUCAAGGACAGAGUGACUCACGCUUUGUUUCUUGUUGCUGAUCUCGAACACCUCGUCGUUUCGGAGGCCGGAGUCUCCCCCGUGCUACACAUUCCAAUCAAUGUCGACACACAAAUCAAGGUCGUCUGGAAGAUCAAUCCAUCUCAGCGUCAGGACUUGACUGUUGUCGAACGUCGAGCUAGACAAACUCGACUGCUUGUCCCUCUGGAUUUCCCUACUGGCCAUGGCAAGAAUAUCUCGAUCAUCGGUGCCGAUCCCGACGCUGCGCUCGAAAUCUCCAAGGUCAUGCCUCGUGUCGUCUCAACUGAUGCAGUCGGAUGGGAUCUCUACAACCUCAUGCUGAGUCAGAAGAGACACCUCGACGGUCUCUUAUCCGAAGGCUCGACUUCCAUCUCCAAUCUCAUCCACUCCUACACGGACCUCGCUUGUGUGGGCUCGCCGCUGGGUAUCGUGGGUCACUGGGCCAAUGCAUCCGUGGUCACAUAUGUCAACAUGCACGAGAUGAUGAUCAGCUUAUGCCUCAUGCCAUGGAAAGACCUCGAUGACGAAGACUACAAUGAAGCAGUGGCCGACUCAUGGCAACUGGCAGUUUCAUCUUUGGUUCUCGACUGUUUGUUUACAGUCGCAAGACUUGGUCUGGAGGACAAACUUUUGAUCACCUGA